AUAAUGUUAUUUAUGGAGACUGAGGCUGGUAAAAACGUUUAGGUAGUAUUAUUGGUCGGGUAACUUUUUUGUGCUAAUAAUAUAAAGCAAAGUUCAAAGUUAGAUAACAACUUUCACUACAUUACAUAGCUAAAAAUAGUCACUAAAAACUUUGCAUUUUGAUAAGAUUUAGUAUUGGUAAUUUUAGUACCUAGUCGCUUUUAUGUAAAAAUAGUUUAAAAAAUGUAUUUCAAGUUUAAUAUUGUCUUAUUUUGUGCUAGUGCGAUACUCGGAAGUAUUAAGAGUUUGAAUUUGGAACAAGUUAUAAUUUUAAGCAGGCAUAAUGUUCGAACUCCUUUGUCUAAAUAUUUGCACGAAAUCACGCCAAAACAAUGGCCUAAAUGGAAGGAAAAGAGUGGGUAUUUAACCGAAAAGGGAUUUAAGCUGGAAGGUUUUAUGGGUGAAUAUUUCUCACUGUGGUUCAAAAAAGAAGGUUUAAUAGCUGAUUGUCCAACAGAAGAUGAUUUUUUUGCAUAUGCAAAUACAAAGCAACGGACAAUGGCUUCAGCUAAAGCAUUUGUUUCAAAAUGUUUCCCUAGUUGUGACAUUAAAAUACACCAUUCAAAUACAACAGUAGAUCCAAUAUUUAAUCCAGUGUUGCAUAACAAUUCAGUAAUUUUUAGAGAUCUUGUUAUAGAACAAAUGACAGAACAACUAAAACAUAUAAAUUUAAAUUUUUCUUAUGAUUUCUUAGAAAAUAUAUUGGAAUACAAGCAUUCUUCUUUUUGCAUUAAAGAACAAAAAUGUAAUUUAAAAACAGAUAUAAAUAAAAUAAUUGACAUUAAACAAGGAUUUAAACCAAAUUUGUCUGGUCCUUUGAAAAUAUCCAAUUCAGCAGUUGAUGCUUUUAUUAUGGAAAAUUAUGAAGAUUUUGAACAAACAGCUUGGGGAAAUCUAAGCACCAAAGAUCAAUGGUUUGCCAUAAUGAAAUUAAGCAGAGCAUUCCAUAAUGUAAUUUUUAACACAACUUUGGUAGCUACCGACAUUGCUAAACCUUUAAUUAAAUAUAUUUCAAAUAUAUGUCAUGAAAGAUAUCCAAAAAUUACCCUCUUAAUGGGGCAUGAUGCAAAUAUGUAUACAGUAAUGAAAGCAAUGAAGUUUAAGCCUUAUGGUUUAAAAAAACAAUAUGAAGUAACUCCAGUUGGAGGGAAAAUUAUGUUUGAGAAAUGGAAAGAUGAAAAAAAUAAUAGAUAUUUGUUGAGGAUACAUUAUGUUUACCAGUCUACUGAUCAGCUCAGGAAUGGUAUUGAGCUAAAUUUACAUAAUCCUCCUCAAUUCCAGAUAUUAGAAUUAAGUGAUUGUCCACUAAUCAAAGAAGGUUAUUGUUUAUGGGAUGACUUUGUAAAGUUGUUGAAAAAUUUAUGAAGAACAAAUGUUAUUUCUAACCAAAAAUUAUUAACAUUAGUUUAAGAUUGAACUUAAACAAAAGAUAACUUGCAGAUGUGCUAUAUUAAUUCUGUGUACAAAGAAAAUGUACUAUGCGUCUGUUUGCGGCUGGGUCCAUGAGUAAGUGGAUCAAUCAAUAUUGUUAUUGGCAUAAGUACAUGAAAAUUUUAAAACAACUUAAAAAACUUUUGAUUCGAAAAAGUUGAUUGUCUGUUAACAUGAGGUGUUUAAAAGAACAGAAUAUUUAGCUGUAUGUUUGUUUAAAAGUAUAUCUUAGAAAACAAAACUACUAUAUGAAAUGUAAAAUUGUUCUUAAUAUACUUACUAGAAUUUCAAACAUUUAUUAAGCUCAAUUUGUGCUUUUAAUAAGUUUAAAAUAAUAUUUUGUACUAAUUACUAUUGUAAUCCAUGAUUUAAAAUAAUUGUAUGUAUAACCAGUUCAUAUUUCCAUGUAUAUAUUUAUAGUUUUAAUAUGCAGUAUUGUACUUUUUUAUUA